GUCCCUAAUCGGUAUCAGAACUUUGGAAGAUGGAGAAGCUGACGUGUCGCUGUAUAUCCUUACUUUUCUUGCUUAGCACAACCUUGCUAGCUGUAAAUAGUGAUUCAGAAGAUAGCAAUGAAUAUUUACAACCUACUGUGACGAUUGCGAUUUUGAUAAGGAAUAAAGCCCACGUUCUCCCUUGGUUCUUUGGUCAUCUUGAGAAUUUGAAUUAUCCCAAAAAUAGAAUCUCUUUGUGGAUAAGAAGUGACCACAAUGUGGAUGACUCCAAUAGAAUAUUAAGAGAUUGGUUAGCUGCUGUAGAAGACCAGUACCAUUCUGUUAAUCUUAGAAUUGAUACUAAUACUCAAGGGUUUGAUGAAGAAACUGGACCAUGUGACUGGACAGAUGAGAGGUUUGCACAUGUGAUUGAUCUCAGACAUCAAGCAUUAGAGGCUUCAAGAGAGAACUGGUCAGAUUACUUAUUUAUGUUGGAUGCAGAUGUUAUUUUAGAAAACAAAGAAACCUUGUCCUUGUUAGUUCAGGCAGAUAAGAUAAUAGUUGGACCAAUGUUAAAUGCCAGUUAUGGACAAGUAUAUUCUAACUUUUGGGGAGGAAUGACAGAUGAGGGGUAUUACAGGAGAGUACCAGAGUAUUUUGAGAUUGUAGAUAGAAAGACUUUAGGUUGUUUUCCUGUUCCCAUGGUACAUACAGCUUUAUUGAUUGACAUGCAUAGAUCUGUGUCACCACAGUUUACAUAUAAAGCUCAUGAAGGAUAUAAGGGCCCUAAAGAUGAUAUUAUUAUAUUUGCACACUCAGUGAAAAAUGCUGAUAUAUCCAUGCACAUAUUGAAUACAGAAUAUUUUGGAACGGUGAUGAUACCAUUAGACGAACACAAUACACUACAAGAUGACAGUGAUCAGUUUACUUAUAUCAAAUUAGAAGCUAGAGAUGCCAACCAUGUUGACGAGGUUUUCACAGGAAGAAAGUUUCCAGUUGAUAGACCAGGUUUAAUAAAGACCCCACAUGUGUUUAUUGAGUAUCCUGAACCAGAUAAACUAGGGUUUGAUCAGGUGUAUAUGAUUAACCUUUUAAGACGACCAGAGAGAAGACAGAGAAUGUUAGAUGCCUUUAAAGAAUUAGGAAUUCAAGCUAAAAUAAUUGAUGCUGUAGAUGGAAAACAAUUAAAUGACACAUAUUUGGACCAGCUUGGAAUUGAAAUGCUACCAGGAUUCCUAGAUCCUUAUGGCAAAAGACCAUUAACAAUGGGUGAAAUUGGAUGUUUUCUGAGUCAUUAUUUUAUAUGGAAAGAUAUAGAGGCUCAAGGCUAUGAGAAUGUGAUUAUAUUUGAAGAUGAUGUUAGAUUUGAACCAUACUUUAAAACAAAGUUGAAAAGAAUGAUGGCUGAUGUAGAGAGGACUGUUCCUAAUUGGGAUUUAAUAUACGUGGGACGUAAGAGACUUUACCAUAAACAGGAGCAAUAUGUAGAAGGAACAACUUCACUGGUAUGGCCUAGUUACUCAUACUGGACACUAAGUUAUAUCAUUUCUGAUAGAGGAGUUAAAAAAUUACUUAAACAGAAUCCUUUGACCAAGAUGGUACCAGUUGAUGAGUUUUUACCCAUCAUGUUUGAUAAACACCCAACAACUGAAUGGAAAGACAAUUUUUCACCGAGAGAUUUGGUUGGUUUGUCAUCUGACCCACUUUUAGCACACCCGACACAUUAUACAGGAGAACCAAACUAUUUCUCCGACACUGAAGAGUCUGUUGUUAUACAAGCUGAUAAUGCAGAAAAUAACAAAAUGGGUGAUGUUCAAUUUAAAGUACCGGCAAAUGAGGCUACGACGGAGCAAAGUUCGAAAGAUGAAUUAUGAUUUAUGUACCAUUGUAGUUCCUGUUUACUUUACCUCUGCAAUAUUUAGAUAUUUAGUGCCAUAUUAAGACCAUUUUGUAAUUAGACUUACUUAAAAUUGUACUUCAAAUUGUCAUAGCGCCAUAAGUAGUAAAAGUCCCAUAUUUUUCUAGCAGCAUUAGCAAGUGCCAUUUGCAUGACAUGACAAUGAAAUAUUACAAAUCUGUAGUUAAGUGCAAUACAGUUGUAGAUAUAUUAUAUUUUUGAUAUAGACAAUUGAAUAUUACAAACAGCUUUUUAAAAUUUUAAGUUGAAGUCCAAAACAAUUUUAGCUAUCCAAUAUUUACUAAUUUUAAACAUUUACAAAUAUGUAUAUAGGGUAUAACUUUGACCUUUCCAUUGGAACAAGUUUUGAUAUUUUACACAAUUGACCAAUGAGGAAGGUUAGGUAUGACUUUUGAAGCAUUAGCUUAACCCUUUGAACAUAGAUUUGACCUUUAGUUAUCAUGAAAAAAUGGAAUUACUAAUUUUAAACAUAUACAAAUAUUUAUAUAGGGUAUAACUUUUGCUCAGUCUGAUUUAGUCUCCAGUGGAACAAGUUUUGCUUUUUACACAAUAGACCAAGGAGACAGAUUAAGUUUGACUUUUGAAAAUUUGAUUUUAACCAUUUAAAUAUAAAUCUGACCUUUUAUUACCAUGAAAAGAUGGAUGAUAAUGUACCAAUUUGCUUUUUUAAAAUGUUUCAUAUCUUUUAACAUUUUUACCAAAACAUAUAGUUUACCGUUCACGUGCCCCUUUAUUAUCUGAAAGAUUGAGAGUAAACAGUUUUAUAGAUUAUUUUUUUUUAAAGAAGUUUGAUAUAUUUUAAAAUAUUUGACAUUUAUAGUUAAUACAUAUUGUUUUCUGAACAAUAAUAACUGUCUCUUUUAUAGUCUUAAACUUGCAUAUCACAACAUCAUUAGCUCUUUUUAAGUAAGGUCCACCUUGACAUCUAAAUUGUUCUAAAAUUAUAACCAUAAACAUGUAGAAUUCAGGUAUGUGGACUUCAUGGGAAGAUGCAGGGAGUUGGCAUUAAGAAUAAGGCCACCACCCCUUUGAUUGGAACAUACAUAUUUUUUUCAGUUUGCAAUUGUCAAAAAAAAAAUUGAUUGGCUCUGCUUCUCUAUUUAUAUUCUUUUUUUCUGGAAUAACACACCCUUUCAAAAAUCCCAUAUCUGCUGCUUAACUUUGUU